UGCAGACCUCGGGUUAACUGGAAAAAAAAGGUGUUCCUAGUGGACUAGCUUCCUGGUUUUGCUUUGUGAUCAUGACCCAUAAACCAUCGAAGGGCCCUCGUCUGGGCGUUCGGCAUUUGCAGUCGUUCCUGCUCUUUCUGGGCCUGACCGUAAUGCACAUAGCCCGACUGAAUGUCAGUGUAGCCAUAGUGGCCAUGACCAACGCGGCGACCACGAAUCCCAAUUUUCCGGAAUUCGAAUGGUCGGAGAAACAGAAGUCGUAUAUACUCUCCAGUUUUUACUGGGGCUACAUCCUGACCCUUUGUCCUGGCAGUUUCCUGUGUCGUCGCUACGGCGCCAAAGUGGUCCUUUUUGUGGCCAGUUGUGGCACGGCCGUGUUCAGCCUGAUGACGCCCUGGUGCCUCACCUGGGGAGGAUGGCAAGUGUUUUGUGCGAUCCGCAUCCUUCAGGGCUUAUUCCAGGGAGUGAUCUUCCCCUGCGUCACGGAGCACUUGGCCAUGUGGUCACCGCCGGAGGAGAGGAAUCGCCUGGGCGCCUUCAGCUACACGGGCACGGAUUGCGGCACUGUGUUGGCCAUGUUCAUUAGUGGCAUGAUUGCCAAGGGAGCGAUGGGCUGGCCGGGUAUAUCCUAUGUGUCCGGAUCUCUCUGCGCCGCCUGGUGCUUCCUCUGGCUGAUAUUCGCCUCCAACAAUGCCACUGAAUCCCGGUUCGUUGGCGAAGCCGAGUGCAAGUACAUCGAGUCCUCGCUGGAGCACAAUGAGGAUUUCCACGAACGCACGAUACCCAUUCCCUGGAAGGCCAUCUGGACUUCGGUGCCCUUCCUGGCCCUUCUGGUGACCCGCUGUGCGGAAACCUAUGGACUGAGCACACUCCAGGCGGAAAUACCCUCCUACAUGAACGGAGUGCUCAACAUGGAGAUCCAGAGCAACGCGGUGUUCUCAUCGCUACCCUUUUUGGCCAUGUGGCUGCUGUCCUACGUCUAUCUGAUUGCUGCCGAUGUGCUGCUCAAGAAGAAGAUCCUGUCCUUGACUGCCGUGAGAAAGGUGUUCAACACGCUAUCCUUCUGGAUUCCCGCUGCCGCCCUGAUUGGCAUCGGAUUCCUCGGCGAGGAGAACAAGAACCUGGCCAUCAUACUGAUGACUGUGUCGGUGGGCGUGAAUAGUGGAGCAACGAUUGGUAGUUCCCUGAACUCCAUCGAUCUGUCACCCAAUCACGCUGGUAUAUUGAUUGGCUUGAGCAACACGGUGGCGAAUGUUAUUCCCAUCCUCACACCACUGAUUGCCGGAGAGAUCGUGGCCGAUAAGCACAAUCGCGGGCAAUGGCAGAUCGUUUUUGGACUGGCAGCUGUCAUUUUCUUUGUGGGCAAUGUGGUUUUCAUCAUUUGGGGAACCGCCAAGGCGCAGCCCUGGGAUGCAGAUGACUACCUGAAACCGAAGGACGCGGAAUCCGCCAGCGAAAAGCAGAAAAGUUCGCCCGCAGAGAUCGCACCACCCAUCGAUCCUGUUUUAGAACAGCAAAUCAGUUGGCCGGAGAGGUACACGGCAAAAGCGAUCGAGUGAUUUGUGGCGGAAGUGGCGGCCCAGAACAAUUGAUUUUGUUAAUCAGUAUUAACCAUAAGUAGGCUGUAAUUUAUAUUUAUUCUAUUUAUAAGGCGUGACCGUAUCGCGAGGCUUAAGUAAAUUAUUUUCAAUUGAAUCGCUUUGUUCUGUUACCAAUCGCUCGUGAUUUUGGCACUCGAAUCGAGGAAGAGCCCGAUCGGCCAGCGCAAUCUAAUCUGUUAAUUUAUCUUAUAAAUGUAUAUAAGUACCAUAUUUAUUUUGGAUUGAGGCUCAUGCGACCAAUUGUCAAUGGCUGGAGCUGGAGCUGAGU